GAACCAAAGAAUAACCCUUUUGGCUUUAUUUUCCUCCACUCUUUUCACUAUUUGGACACAAGCAAAGCCUAGGCAAACACGCACAGGAGAGAGAGAGAGGCAGAUAAGCCCAGGAGAGAUUUGGAGAAAGAAGCUCUAAGAAAAACCCACCCAGAUACCAUCUUCGGAGCUUCCAAUAACGAGCCCCAAAACAAAAGCUUCAAACUUUCAGUUUUUUUCUCCACCAAUCUCUCUAUAAAUCCAAAAAAGGUUCUUGAUAGAUAUUCAUUGUUGUAGCAGGACUUGUUCAGGUUUUUUAUUGGAAGUAAUGAAACUCGGGUUUUUGGCUAAGAGGGUGAUUUUAUUUGGUUAAGAGGAUAAGAUGCCAUCUGGGGUUCUUUUGAAACUGAGUUUUGGAUUAGGUAGAGCUAUACUUGGCCGAAACUCGGUUUCUUUGGUGUCAAAUACUAGUCAAUUUUCAUCAAGGAGGUCUCUUGUUCGAACUUCAAUGGCUGCUUCUAGUUCUAAAGCUGUGUUCGGUGAUGUGCAUAUCGAUGACCUGAUUGCCACUUGUGUGAAUGGAUUGGAGUUUCCAAAACCCAGUGGUGUUUUUUUCUCGGACAGAAGUCGUUCUAGUUGUCUAAAAGCGAGUGUUAAAAUGAGAAAUGGGGAGUUGCCGAAAAGUCGUUUGGUGUGUGGGAACCUUAUGCUUGAUGCAAUAAGAAGGAAUGGUAAAGCAAAUAAUUUAGUUCUUGGACCAUUGUUGAAGAACUUGUAUUCUUCGUCUUCUGUGUGUGUCUUUGGUCGGGCUGCUCAAGAUGUGUCAUUUGAUGGGAAUUCCUCCGAGGAACAGUCGGUAGACUCCACUGUGGUAUCUGGCCUAAACUUGAAGUUACUCUCAGGAUCAUGUUACCUGCCACAUCCUGAUAAGGAAGAGACUGGUGGGGAAGAUGCUCACUUCAUAUGCAAAGAUGAACAAGUCAUAGGUAUAGCAGAUGGUGUAGGUGGCUGGGCAGAUGUAGGAGUCAAUGCAGGAGAAUUUUCUCGUGAACUUAUGUCUCAUUCAGUAAAUGCAAUUCAAGAGGAACCCAAUGGUUCCAUUGACCCAGCCAGGGUGUUGGAGAAGGCUCACGCAAACAUGAAAGCUAAGGGUUCAUCGACGGCCUGCAUCAUUGCCCUUAAAAGUGAGGGAUUACAUGCCAUUAAUCUGGGAGACAGUGGAUUCAUGGUGGUUAGAGAUGGAUGUACUGUCUUCGAGUCCCCAGUGCAGCAGCAUGGCUUCAAUUUUACAUAUCAACUGGAAACUGGCAAUGGAGGUGAUCUACCUAGCUCUGGCCAGGUUUUCACAAUUCCUGUGGCUCCUGGUGAUGUCAUUAUAGCUGGGACAGAUGGAUUAUUUGACAACUUAUAUAACAACGAGGUUACUGCGGUUGUGGUACAUGCUAUAAGAACUGGCUUAGGGCCCGAAGCAACUGCUCAGAAGAUUGCAGCUUUGGCUCGUCAACGAGCACUGGAUACGAACCGGCAGACACCAUUUUCAACUGCAGCUCAAGAUGCUGGGUACCGCUAUUAUGGAGGCAAACUCGAUGACGUCACCGUCGUCGUGUCAUAUGUAACGAGCUCUGCCAAUAUUUGAUUCUGCUUUCUACCACAUGGCUACAUUGUUUAUUUACAUGUUCUUAUGUUCUUUGACUUUGCUAGAUUUGCCUAAGUUUUGUAUUUUUCACGAGAAACCAUGUCAAGGAAGUUCUUUAUAAAGGUCACUUAUUCCUUUGAA